AAAUCUGAUUAAUUUUUAAGUGUAGAAUAAAUCAUAUUAAAAAAAGAAAUAUGUAAUUUAUGCAAAUCUUUGCGGUGAAUUAAAAAUCUCUAUAUAUACGUGGAGAGAGAGAAUAUUUUAGUUAAUAUCCUUUAUCAUUUACCCUCCAUAAAAAUUGAGUUUUGCUCAGUUUAGAAGGAGAAAGAGAGAGGGAAAGAGGCUUCUCACCAAAGAGUAAGACAUGGGUUCCAUUGAUGAUGAUACACCGCUUCUGGAAGAGGGUCUCCUUCAGGAUGAUGAAGGGAGUGAGCAAUUCACAGGAGAUGGCUCAGUUAACUUUAGAAGAGAGCCUGCUCUUAAGAAGGGUACCGGCAAUUGGAGGGCUUGUCCUUUUAUCCUAGGCAAUGAGUGUUGUGAACGUUUGGCCUUCUUCGGAAUUACAACAAAUCUUGUUACCUAUCUUACCACCAAAUUCCAUGAAGGAAACGUUUCUGCUGCAAGAAACAUCAGCAUCUGGCAAGGCACUUGUUAUCUCACUCCUAUCAUUGGAGCUGUUCUAGCAGAUGGUUACUGGGGUCGAUACUGGACAAUUGCUGUUUUCUCUGCGGUUUAUUUAAUUGGCUACUACAUGCAGGGGAUGUGUACUUUGACACUUUCUGCAUCUUUACCAGCAUUGAAGCCUGCUGAAUGUUUGGGUUCUGUAUGUCCUUCAGCUACUCCAGCACAAUAUGCUGUGUUAUACUUUGGUCUGUACCUGAUUGCGCUUGGGACUGGUGGUGUGAAAGCAUGUGUGCCAUCUUUUGGGGCAGAUCAAUUUGAUGACACUGAUCCCAACGAAAGGGUUAAGAAAGCGUCAUUUUUCAAUUGGUAUUACUUUUCUAUCUACCUAGGUGCCAUUGUGUCAUGCAGCUUAAUUGUGUGGAUUCAAGACAAUGCUGGAUGGGGUCUUGGAUUUGGCAUUCCUGCUUUGUUUAUGGGAUUAUCUACUAUAAGCUUCUUUAUAGGCACACAUCUAUACAGGUUUCAGAAACCUGGGGGAAGUUCUUAUACAAGAAUGGCCCAGGUUUUGUUUGCAUCUGUCCGGAAGUGGAAUCUGGUUGUCCCUGAGGAUAGUAGUCUCCUGUAUGAGAUGCCAGACAAGAAAUCAACAAUUAAAGGGAGUUGCAAACUGGUGCAUAGUGAUAAUCUAAGGUGUCUUGAUAGAGCAGCUAUAGUGUCCGAUUAUGAGAGCAAAAGUGGUGACUAUUCUAAUCCAUGGAGACUUUGCACCGUGACACAGGUGGAAGAAUUGAAAAGUUUGAUCCACAUGUUUCCAAUUUGGGCUACUGGGAUCAUUUUUGCUGCGGUUUAUGCCCAGAUGUCAACGUUGUUUGUGGAGCAAGGAACAAUGAUGAACACAUGUAUUGGUUCCUUCAAACUACCCCCAGCUUCCCUCUCAAUUUUUGAUGUCAUAAGUGUGGUUUUGUGGGUCCCUCUCUAUGACAGGAUAAUUGUUCCAAUCUUAAGGAAGUUCACAGGCAAAGAAAGGGGCCUCUCAAUGCUGCAAAGAAUGGGAAUUGGCCUUUUCAUUUCAGUCCUGUGCAUGUUAGCAGCUGCUGUUGUUGAGAUUAUGCGUCUGCAGCUUGCAAGAGAGCUUGACCUUGUUGAUAAACCUGUUGAUGUGCCCCUUAGUGUACUUUGGCAAAUCCCUCAGUAUUUCUUUUUAGGGGCAGCAGAAGUAUUCACAUUUGUGGGGCAGCUUGAGUUCUUAUAUGACCAAUCUCCAUAUGGUAUGAAGACUUUAGGUACUGCACUGACACUUCUGAAUUUUUCAUUGGGAAAUUACUUGAGCUCUUUCAUUCUUACUAUGGUAACUUACUUCACCACACUAGAUGGAAAGCCUGGUUGGAUUCCAGAUAACUUGAACAAAGGUCAUCUCGAUUACUUUUUCUUGCUUUUAGCUGGACUUAGCUUCUUAAAUAUGUCUUUGUACAUAGUUGCUGCCAAAAGGUACAAGCAGAAGAAGGCUUGUUAAGAUUUUUCAGGGAGUGGAAGCAUGUUCUGAAAUUUCCUUCUGUCAUUGAUUGUUCUGUUUGUAUAUAUGCUACGCAUAAAAGUAAACUUGGCUUCUCUCAAGAGCCUCUAAGGGUGUAUUUGGUUCAGAGGAGAAAAAUAGAAGAUUUUUUUUUAAUUAAAAUAGAAUGGAAGAGGUGUGAGUCUCAAAAUAAAAUACAAAAUUUCUCUUGUAUAUUAUUUCUCUCCUCCAAAACAAAUACACCCUAAGUGAGAAGGUUCACAUAGGUAAAUUGUUGGCAGUAAAUGUUCACAUUCUGUACGGUGCAAAACUCACAUAUGUAACUUGUAUAUGGCAUCAGAUUAUUUGAGCUCAGUAAAAAAUAUGUAGUUUUAUAUUUUCUCUUUUC